AACACAUUCACAAUACUGAAUAACUAAUAUACACAUUUCUAAUUUUCUCUCAAGCUUCUUGCUGGUGUGCGGGCUAUGGAGAGUUGAUAAAUCCUUUGGUUUUCUUCUUUGAUUUCUCAAUCCAACUUCAUCAAGCUUCGUUUUCCUGCAAAUUCAUAGCUUUCGAUCUCCAUUAUCUCUAAAUCCAAGGGAAAAAAUGCACUUUCUUUUGAUCUUUUGAGGUGGAAUUUGUUACGUUAGUCUUUUAUGUGUGUUAGUUUAUUCCAUACAGAGUUUGGGUUCGAAGAACUUUGAAUGAUAGAGGAGUUUGCGGUCUGCCCUAUGCAUGUAUGCAUUUAUUCUUGAAAUGAAAUGUAUUUGAUAAUUUCUUCACUUCUAAGGGAAGUAGAGAAUUAUUCAUUUUUUUUUUUAAAUAUAUAUUGUUAGAUAUAUGAGAAAGAUGUUUUCGGAUCAUCUGGACUGAAGGGAGUUGAAAUGAAUGAAUGGGUCUAAUUUCAGGUUCUAAAUUUUGUUGCUGACUGGUGAAGCUUCAGGUAUGCGGGCAGGUGGCUUUCAAGUUGACUUUAGGACUGAUAUAGUCCUUUACCUACAAAUUUUUGUUUGAGAAUUUGGGGUAAAAGUUGCUUUAAGUAAAAGUAAUUACAUGGGAAUUCAGACAAUGGGGUCUCAAGGUGAUAGUGGUAGUAAUGGAAAACAGUUGCAAUUCCAGCAGUUAACUCAGCAAAAUUCGAUGUAUAGCCUCACAUUGGAUGAGGUACAAAAUCAGCUGGGUGACUUGGGAAAACCUCUGAGUAGCAUGAACCUAGAUGAGCUUCUCAAGAAUGUAUGGACCGUGGAGGCUAACCAAACUUUCGGUAUGGACUCUGAUGGCACCAUGCUGACCAAUCAAGCUUCUCUGCAGCGUCAGGCGAGUUUGUCAUUAACUGGUGCUUUGAGCAAGAAGACAGUUGAUGAGGUUUGGAGAGACAUUCAACAAAGCAAAAAUGAUGGGGAAAAGAAAUCUAGAGAAAGGCAGCCUACCCUUGGAGAAAUGACAUUGGAGGAUUUUUUAGUGAAAGCUGGAGUUGUUGCUGAAGCAUCUACGGACGGAGACGCUGGUGCUUCUAUUGCUGGGGUAGAUCUAAGUGUUGCACCACAGUUUGCGCAGCAAGGUCAGUGGAUGCAGUACCCACAGCCACAAUAUCACCAUCCUCAACAAAGUAUAAUGGGGGUUUACAUGCCAUCCCAGCCUAUGCCCCGGCCAUUAGACUUAGGGACUGCUGCUGUAAUUGAUGUCUCGUACCCGGAGAACCAGGUACCAUUACAUUCGCCUUUGAUGGGAACAUUAUCAGAUACACAGGCAUCUGGAAGGAAAAGAGGUGCCUCCGAGGACAUAGUUGAGAAAAAUGUUGAAAGGAGACAAAAGAGGAUGAUAAAGAAUAGGGAAUCUGCUGCACGUUCACGAGCAAGGAAGCAGGCUUACACUAAUGAACUGGAGAACAAAGUAUCACGUCUAGAAGAGGAAAAUGAGAGGCUGAGGAAACGGAAGGAGCUAGAGAAGCUGCUGCCGUCCGCACCUCCUCCCGAGCCAAAAUAUCAGCUUCGUAGAACAUCAUCAGCCCCGUUCUAACAAUCCCGUAGCAGCUAGUGUGAAAGUUUUGCAUAUACAAACUAGCUUCUGGAAUCUGUUUCUGGUUUCAAUUGAGGUAUAAGGUUGAAGUCAAUGCAUCUUCCAGAGGCAGCCAUUGUUUCAUAUGCCGGUAACGGUUGCUUCCCUCUUGUAAGAGUUUUUCUUUCCCCCUUCAUGUAUUUACUUUUUUACUAUGAAAUUAAUUCAACUGGUAAGUUUUAUCCCUAAA